AUGCAACUGACAAGAAGUAGUUUAUACAAGGGUUCAUCUCAACUGUUAAAGGCUACAAAUAGAGGCACUAGAGCUGCUCAACCAUUGUUGCCUCCAUUGCAACUUUAUAGAAGAAUCCUCAGGGAACAUAAGCAUUUACCAACAGCCCAAAGAGAGCUAGGUGAUCAAUACGUUAAAAAUGAAUUUAAACUUCACAAGGACAUUGACAAUCCAUUGCACAUUGUCGGAUUCUUAACAAGCUGGCAAGAUUACCUUCGUAUGAUAAGCAGAGAUGGCUGGAAAGAAGAAAGGCUAUCUGCUGCUGUACUAGAGAAGAUGUCACCAGAACAAGUUACUCAAUUAUAUGAAUUAAUGAAAGAAACUGAAAAUAUACGUAAUGGAACCAUGAAAAAAGGAGAAAAUGGAGAAGAAAUUAUAAAAAUUUAA